AUGGCAGAACAAUCGAACACCUCCCUCGUGGUGCGCGUGCCGGAAGGCGGAUCCCCGAAGUUGGUGCUGGAGGAUCUACCCGUCCCUUCCCCGGCCAGUGGACAGGUCCUUGUGAAGCUGUCUCAUGUAGCGCAGAACCCUACGGAUGUCCAAGCGUUUGACUCCAAUGCCUUCGGUGACGGCGCCGUGCUGGGAUGCGAUUUUGUUGGCGAGGUAGUCAAACUGGGAGACGGCGUAACGCGACUGGUGAAAGGCGAUGUCGUUGCUGGGUUGAUCUGGGGAGGCGAGUUCAAAGGACUCGGAGGCUACAGCACCUACAGUCUAGCCGACGAGAAGAUCUGCUUCAAGCUCCCUGCCGGGCUAUCCAGAGAGCAUGCCAGCACCGUGCCUCUCGCAGCCACGACCGCAUGGCUGGCCCUGUACUCGAAAGACUCUCUCAACAUCGACCGCAACAAGACCGGAACGAGCAUUCUCGUCUGGGGUGGAAGUUCCAGUGUCGGUCUCUACACCGUCCAACUCGCUUCCCUCCAUGGCCUCGAGGUAAUCGCAACCUGCAGUCCCCGUCACGCAGACUUAGUUCGCUCCUACGGCGCCAAACGCGUCUUUGACUACCGCGAUGAGCAAGUCAUCGGGAAGAUCCAUGCCGCGGCGCCGAACCUCCGUUACGCGUUCGACACCAUCGGCAACGAAUCGUCCUCAACGCUCGCUUCACAGGCCUCCUCGGGAGAAAACUGGAUUUGCACGGUCCGUCCGGGCAAGGCACAUACUCAGAACGUUUCGACACAGACCCAUGUCAGUGAUGUUUUGGUUUGGACGGCUUUCUUAAAGGAGCAUCGAUAUGGGGAGUUUUAUUGGCCGACUUCGAAACAUGAUCACGAGCUGGGUAGUGAGCUCUUUGAGAAAUUGCCCGGGUGGUUGAGUCAAGGGACUAUCAAACCUAGCGAGCCGAAGGUGUAUCAGGGCCUGAAGUCGGUGGCUGGUGGCUUCCAAGAGCAUCGGGAGGGUAAGAUCUCGGGUUACAAGAUUGUGUAUAAGCUUUGA